GCCGCGCUCGGCUCAACUGAAUGGGGGCAGAUCCCGGGUGCGCACCGGCAGUCCGCUGGGGUCCCCAACACCAGUGCCCACCCUGGUGGGGGUCUUACCAGUGUACAUGGCUUUCCCUACCAGUCCUGUCUUUCCGAUGGGGCACAGAAGACGUGAGCGAUACCCAGAGACAGACUGGACAGAGCCGUGGCUCCUGGGACUCCUCACCUUCCAUCUGCUGUGCCUACUUCUCACAUGCUUCUCCUCACAGAGGUAUAAACUACAGAUCGGGCACUUCCUGUGUCUGGUAGUGUUAGUCUAUUGCGCCGAGUACAUCAACGAAGUGGCUGCAGUGAACUGGAGAUUAUUUGCCAAGUAUCAGUACUUUGACUCCCGGGGGAUGUUCAUUUCUCUUGUGUUCUCAGCUCCGUUGCUGUUCAACGCCAUGGUCAUUGUGAUUAUGUGGGUCCGGAAGACUUUGACUGUGAUGACUGACCUGAAGACCUUACAAGAGAAAAGAAAGGAGAGGAGAAGGAGAAAAAAGGAAGAUUGAUGCCGAGCUGCCACUGUGCACCUUGUUUGUCCUCCGACUUGGUUGUUUCCAGCUGGGAGCUGCACAUGGCCCAGAUGUCUUCUGUCAGCUGACUUGUGGUUUGGAAAAAGGUUCUUAUAUCUCAACACACCCCAAAUGGUUUUUAUAGUUUACUCUGUUUGGAGCCCUCCUAGAGCUGUUUCUUAAUAGAACGGAUACCGUCACCUGGAAGCAUGUUGAAUGGAACCCCUCCUUUCCGUGGUGGGAGCUUUCUGGUUCAGCCACAUCAUACAUAGCUUCUCACCCGUUGCUGGUAGAUCUCAUUAUGUAACUAGAGUUCACAAAGUUUUAAGUGUAGAAACUGGGAAAUAAACGGCCUCAUCCUGCUGGGACCAUUCCUUGCUCCUCCUUCUGUUUCUAGCCUGUAGUGGUAGCUAUCAGCUAAGGGUAGCUUUGUCCCCAGGAACUUUGAUGAUGCUGUCACCCCACAAGUGGGCAUGGUACUUGUGUCAGUAGGAUAGAGCCCAGGAUGCUGAAAUCCUACAGGGCACAGGUCAGCCCCAGCAUGGAGUAUUGCUGUGAAUAUGAUGCCAGUAGUGCCCAGGCUGAGGGAGCAGUGGGACAAGUCUGGAAAAGAAUGCAGUGUGUUUCAGUUCCCAUGAAGCUAGGCCUUAAAUAAUUGAAUUGGGGCUAUGCCACUGGAAAUGUUUUGUUUAAAAAUAUUAAGCUAGAAUGAAAGCUGUAAAGUCAAGACUCCGUGGAAAAUAGUAUGUCAAAUGAACCGUUUGGUUUUGUUUUUUCUGGAUACAGAAUUAUAAAUACCUGCAUGCUCAGUGAAUGGCUUGGCUGUCUCUACCCAGACUGUGACAAGUGCAGACAGUUCUUCCUGAGGGUCAUAUCUUGUGCAGUUGGGGGCUGGCGAGCGCAGCAGGGCGUAUUGUCACCUGUGCCUCUGUUUUGUCAGACACCCUUGGUUUCUAUGGAAUCUGAAGCAAUAAAUCUGUAGAGACAAGUGUCGGAAACCCAGACUCAGAGACAGUAUUUAUUACUGGAAAUGUUAUACACUUUUGGCUUUAGUUUAAAGAAAUAAUUUGUGAAUUAUUUUCUCUAUUUAAAAGGAUUUUUUCCAUUCUAAAUGAAAUAUUCUUCAAAGUUCUAAACUAAAAUCUAGUUAAAAUUAUUUAAAAGGUUAAAAGUAGAUAGUUUGAUAGACUACAGUGAUGUCCUGAAACCCAGUUAUAUAGAUUUUUAAUAUUUAUCUGGCUUCAGGCUUUAACAGAAAGCCUAUUGACUGACUUGUGACAAUCUGAUAAUCCUAUGGUUUGAGUUUGUGGCUCCUACUGCAACACUUAACCUGAAUUGUGUUCACAGUCUCUUGAUUUGGUCCACUUGAUACUGAACAAUGAAAGUACCAAAGAAAAUAACAUAGUGUAGUAAGUCAAAUUUUGAAUUUAAAAAUCACACUGUUAAGUCAUGGACAUUGUAUCCAAGGGUAUACCUAAUUGUAUGUUUCUGAAAUUUUCUGGUUCAGGAUAUUUGAUCAUUUUAUGGUUACAAAGGUGCUUACUAUAACAUUGAUUAGUUUCAUAGAAAAUAAGAACAAAUUAGUCAGUUAGAUAAAUCUGAAACAAUUGAGUGUCAGGUAGGUCUGGAGCUCACUAACCAAUGCUUUCCCCUUAGGCCUUUGUGUCUGAGGCCAGUGAUGCCGAGUGGGUCAGAGAGCGGUUGAGGUGGCUGAGUUCUGGCAUAUGUUGGUAUUAAUACCUCAGACUAUGUAAACAUGACUUUGACUUUUGGGCUUUCAUGCCUUGUCUCUUUCUCAGUGGCUGUACAUGUGCUUAGUUUUUGAGAUAAUUAAAUGUUUGUGUUUUGUUUUGUUUUAAUGAAAGUUUUGGAUUAGAGAGAGGACUCAGUACUUUCCAUUUAAGCAUGAAGAGCUGAGUUUGAUCCCCAGAACUCAGCAUUUGCUCCCAAGCAUUAAAGCUAAGUCCAGUUGCUUGAUGGAAGGAAGGAAUCGACACUACCAGUUGUCCUCUAACUAUAUAUGCACAUGAAACAAAGUGAUACAUUAGCCAUUCCUGAUGAACAACACCUGAAGUUGUCUUCUGGCUUUCAUACAUGCACGUGUGCACACUGGUACACACAUAACACAUAUACAAAUGUUUUGUGUUUUUGAAAUUCACUCAGUGGCAAAAAUUACACUUGGAGGAACUUCUUGAUAUUUUGUCCUUAUAUUAAGGAAAACCCUGCAAGCUGGAACUGUGAACGAGCAGUUGGGUUCAGUGCUACUCUGAGGAUUUUACAGAUUUGACCAGUGCCAUGUUCACACUUCUGUAAAGGAAGGUUUACAGGCAAUUGAUGGACGGUGAACACUCACUCACUGAGUAGUUGUGAAAAGCACUGGAAAGGCCUAAAAUAACCAUUUUAUACAUUCCAACUCAUGAAGCUUCAUGUUUGUUGAUUAUUAUGCUUUAAUAUACAAUAAAAUAUAUUUGAUAA